AUGCUCCGUCCUCAGGCAGGCACCGGCCUUGCUGAGCAUUCUUUCAAUGCCCAGGCGCAGCACUUCUUCCGCUCCAACCACAUCCUUCUCAACACUUCCACCACCAGCAUCUCCAUACGCACCGUCAACAUGUCGGCUUGGGGUGCCCAUGGCAAGAUUGGCGGCUCGGCGGCCGCCACGCCGGAGGACGCCGAGACGCCCAUCCUGUGCGAGCCGUGCCUCGGCCCCAAUCCAUACAUCCGCAUGACCAAGGACACGCAAGGAAAGAUUUGCAAGAUCUGCACACGGCCAUUCACAGUGUUCCGAUGGAACCCGGGCGCAGGCUCCCGCUUCAAGAAGACCGAGAUCUGCACAACGAAAGAUUUGCAAGUGUUCCGAUGGAACCCGGGCGCAGGCUCCCGCUUCAAGAAGACCGAGAUCUGCACAACGUGCGCCAAGGUCAAGAACGUGUGUCAGACGUGUAUCUUGGACCUUCAGUAUGGCUUACCCGUGCAGAUGCGCGAUGCAGCGCUCAACAUCAAGUCGACGGGCCCGACGUCCGACAAGAACCGCGAGUACUAUGCCGAAAACAUGGACAAGCAGCUCGAGGGCGCAACAUCGCUCGUCGGCGCCUCGUCGAGUCCGGCGGGCAGGGCGGGGCAGGAACUGCUCAAGAAGAUGGCAAGAAAGGAGCCAGAGUACAAGCGUGAUCGGCCCGUGCAGUUCUGCGCUGCCUUUGCGAGGGGCAAUUGCCCGCGUGGAGACAAGUGUCCCUUCCGCCACGAAUUACCCUCUGAAGACACUCUUGCGUCCGCAGCUCCCGCCACCGCUGCAACUCAACCCGCACCAGCAAGCCCAUCCGCAACAGGGACACCCAAACGCAUCCUCAGCUCAAGCACAGCUGCGGGACUGCCGCCACCGGCAGAUACCAGCAUCGUAUCGCUAUUCAUAUCCUCACUGCCGGCAGAUACCACCCAGGACUCGCUACGCAGCUGGAUGACGGCGCUCGCACCAGAGCUGCGUACCGAACACAUCAAGUCGAUCACUCUCGUCACUGCCUCGCGCUGCGCAUUCGUCAACUUCACCUCGCGCCAAAACGCCGAACGCGCAGCAGCACAUUGCAGUCCAAAGAUGGACUGGGACAAUACCACCGUGCGCAUCACUUGGGGCAGGUCUCGCCCCACCAAAAAGUAA